CGGCGGGUCCGGGUUCGGGUUCGGGAUCGGGAUCGGGAUCAGGAGGGGGUCCUCGCCCCCUUGGACGGGGAGCCGGAGACGGAUUAUUCUCUGCGGGGCAACACCAACAAUUUCCAUUCAACCUGUGGUGAGAGGUUUAUUGGAAGAAAAACCCCAAAUGGAAGCAAACCAUGGCUAAAGAUGUGGGAACAGCAACAAGUGAACUGGCCCGAGGACUGAGAGCAUCAACUGGAGAGAACAACACUGAAUCAGCUGACUUGGAGUUCCCAGUGAGUCAGUGAGGAGGAAGUUUGUUAGACCUGCGGUGAGAGGUUUCUUGGAAGAAAAACCCCAACUAGAAGCAAACCACGGCUAAGACAAGGGAACAGCAACAAGUGAACCAGCCCGAGGACUGAGAGCACCGACUGGAGAGGACCCAUCUGACUCAGGGUUUCCAUUGAUUCAGUCAGGAGAAAGUCUGGGAGGAUGUUCAAGUCAUCUCUGUGUUAAAAGUUUAGCCAUCACGGUGACUGAAGGCAGCUGCAGGAUCAUGAGGGACGGUUCUGAUUCUGAAGUUCUUGUGGCUGCUCGUCGCACCCAGGACUGAACCCUGGUCACUGAGCAUUGGAGGACUCCGUUCUGCUGAUCCCCACCUCAGUGAAGCACUUAAAGCGACACUCACUAUAAGUGAACCUGGGGUCUCGAAACACAAUGCACCUCUAAAGUCUGACAGCAGAGUAGCGAGUGAAUCUUCGAUGGUGCAGAGUCAAAAACCUAAAGUUGCUCCAGAGAGAGAUGGGGUCCAGUGUUUACGAGGAGGAGGAGGAAUCAGGAGGAACCAGCAGGAUGUGACUACAAAAGAAAGGAUAAAAAAUGAGAAGAAAUUUGUCUCCAGGAAUCUCAAACACGACACGCCAGUUUUGCUGUCUCCGUCUAGAUAUUUAAGAGGUGGAGCAAGGGAUUCAAUCAACCGUCCUUCCUGCUCAGACUAUGCGGAGGGAUUCACUUGGUCAUUUGAACAUCUAGCAAGCCCGUCAUUUUACACAGGAGAAAGGCCUUUCACCUGCUCAGACAGUGGGAAUGGAUUCACUCAGUUAUCACAAUUGAAAGUAUAUCAGCAAGUUUACAAUGGGCAAGGCCAUUCACCUGUUCUGUGUGUGAGAAAGGAUUCUGUCGGGCAACCCACUUGUGGACACACCAGUCAGAUGACACUGGGCAGAGGCUGGUCAUCUGCUGAAUUUCGGGGAAGGGAUUCUUUCGGUCUUCUGACCUAAUGGCACACCAGCGUGUUCACACCAGGGCGCGGCCAUUCACCUGCACAGUCUGCGGGAAGGGAUUCACUGCAUCAUCCAACCUACAGAGACAUCAGCGAGUUCACACCGGGGAGAAGCCAUUCACCUGCUCAGAAUGUGGGAAGAGAUUCACUCAGUCAUCCAACCUACAGAGUCAUCAGCAAGUUCACACUGGGGAGAAGCCGUUCACCUGCUCAGACUGUGGGAAGAGUUUCACUCGGUCAUCCCGACUACUGGCACACCAGUCAGUUCAUACUGGGGAGAAGCCAUUCACCUGCUCAGUCUGUGGGAAGGGAUUCACUCAGUCAUCCCACCUACUGAGACAUCAGCGAGUUCACACCGGGGAGAGGCCGUUCACCUGCUCAGUUUGUAGGAAGGGAUUCACUGAUUCAUCCGCACUACAGAGUCAUCAGCGAGUUCACACUGGGGAGAGGCCAUUCAUCUGUUCAGUCUGUGGGAAGGGAUUCACUCAUUCAUCCCAUGUACAGAAUCAUCAGCGAGUUCACACUAGGGAGAAGCCAUUCACCUGUUCAGAAUGUGGGAAGGGAUUCACUCAGUCAUCUGACCUGCAGAGACAUCAGAAAGUUCACACUGGGGAGAAGCCAUUCACCUGCUCAGAAUGUGGCAAGGGAUUUACACUGUCAUCCUACCUACAGAGACAUCAACGAUUUCACACUGGGGAUAAGCCAUUUACCUGCUCAGUCUGUGGGAAGGGAUUCACUGAGUUAUCCACACUACAGAGACAUCAGAGAGUUCACACUGGGGAGAAGCCGUUCACCUGCUCAGUCUGUGGGAAGAGAUUCACUGAUUCAUCCCACCUACAGAGUCAUCAGCGAGUUCACACUGGAGAGAAGCCAUUCACCUGCUCAGACUGUGGGAAGAGUUUCACUCGGUCAUCCCAACUACUGGCACACCAGUCAGUUCAUACUGGUGUGAAGCCAUACACCUGCUCAGUCUGUGGGAAGGGAUUCACUCUGUCAUCGACCUUACUGGUACAUCAGCGAGUGCACACAGGGGAGAAGCCGUUCACCUGCUCAGACUGUGGGAAGGGAUUCACUCAUUCAUCCAGCCUACAGAGUCAUCAGCGAGUUCACACUGGAGAGAAGCCAUUCACCUGCUCAGUCUGUGGGAAGAGAUUCACUCGGUCAUCCCACCUACAGAGACAUCAGCGAGUUCACACUGGAGAGAAGCCAUUCACCUGCUCAGUCUGUGGGAAGAGAUUCACUCGGUCAUCCCACCUACAGAGACAUCAGCGAGUUCACACUGGGGAGAAGCCGUUCCUCUGCUCAGUCUGUGGGAGGGGAUUCACUCAGUCAUCCCACAUACAGAAUCAGCGAGUUCACACUGGGAAGAAGCCGUUCACCUGCUCAGACUGUGGGUAGAGUUUCACUCGGUCAUCCCAACUACUGGCACACCUGUCAGUUCAUACUGGGGAGAAGCCAUACACCUGCUCAGUCUGUGGGAAGGGAUUCACUCAGUCAUCCCACCUACAGAAUCAUCAGUGAGUUCAUGCUGGGGAAAAGCCAUUCACCUGCUUAGACUGUGGGAUAGGAUUCACUCAGUCAUCACAACUACUGGCACACCAGUCAGUUCACAGUGGGGACUUGCCAUUGUUAUGAAUCCCUGGGUUUCCUUUGCUGUGGACUCUCAUUUUAAGAGAGAGAGAUUAAGAAGAUGAAUCAGUCUGACUUGCAGCCUGUGUACAUCGCUCAGCUUGUUAAGUUUUAACCGAGGACACAGACACUCAGAGUCAAAUGGAGACGAAGGAGGAAAAAUGGAAAGAUUGAAACCAGGGAUCUAGUGACCAAGGGUCACUGUUUAGAAGUUUCCUAUGCCCACAAGGUUGGGUUAAUUAUCGAUUCAUGUACAUCAAAUGUGUGGAUGUCACAUUGUUUGAUCCAUGGGAGUGGAUCUCAUUUGGGAUAUCUUGUGGAGACCACUUAUGUGUUAACCCUUGACUGGCUGUGGUGUGGUAGUUCACCUGAAAACAUACCCCUUGUGACAAGUCACUUUCGGUGAUAAUCAGUAUGUGGAUUUGGAAUGAUGACGGAUAAAUUCUACAGUGACUGUUCUUUCAUUUUACCACCAUGGAACCUGAGGAAUGUACACAUUUACAUAUCUACAUAUUAUCUACAUAAUAUCGACAUUUUUGCCUUCUCUUGCCAUUUAUCCUGGAUUACAAAUCUCUCUCUCUUAUCGCCUAUUCUGUAGUUGAACUGAACUUUCAUACUUUACCCUCUCAAGACUCCGAGCCUUGUUUCCCCCCGAGCUCAAUAGUUUGGGAGUUAUAUUUACACACAUUUAUAAAUGUACCACUAUUAACUUCUGAUUAUCUUGUUUAAGUUGCAAUAUUACAAGUAGAUUCUAAUAAAGACAGAUUUAACA